CAAGCGGAACGGUGACCCUGCCUGGGAAUCUGGCGGGAGGGCCUGAGGUGCAGAAGUCCAACUGCCGAGAGGCGGGUGUCCCCCAGACCUAAUCUGAGGAGGGGCAGUCCCGGGCUCGAAUCCCGCAACUUCCGGUCUCCAGGAAGAAGGCUAAGGGGCUGGGAGGGUGACACUGGGAGCUUGGAGUGGACAUGACCACAGAAGGCUUCCCAGAGGAAGUGGCCUCCAAGCUGGAUAGAACAGAAAUAAGAAAGAAGCAUGUUCCAGGAUCAAAGAACAGCAGAUGCAAAGGCCUUGAAGGAAAUGGCGGCAGCAAGGUUAGGCCUGGGCCGAGUCCACCCAGGAUCGGCCAUCCUAUUUCUGUGCGACAUGCAGGAGAAGUUCCGCCACAAAAUCGCCUACUUCCCACAGAUCGUCUCAGUGGCCUCGCGCAUGCUCAAGGUGGCCAGGCUGCUGGAGAUGCCCGCUGUACUGACGGAGCAGUACCCACAAGGCCUGGGUCCUACGGUGCCCGAGCUUGGGGCUGGAGACCUACAGCCAUUCACCAAGACCUGCUUUAGCAUGGUGCCCGUAUUGCAGCAGGAGCUGGACAGCAGGCCCCAGCUGCACUCUGUGCUGCUGUGUGGCAUUGAGACACAGGCCUGCAUCUUGAACACAACCCUGGACCUUCUGAACCGGGGGCUAGAAGUCCACGUGGUGGUGGAUGCCUGCUCCUCACGCAGCCAAGUAGACCGUCUGGUGGCACUGGCCCGCAUGCGGCAAAGCGGGGCUUUCCUCUCCACCAGCGAAGGGCUUAUUUUGCAGCUUGUGAGUGAUGCUACCCACCCCCAGUUCAAGGAGAUCCAGAAGGUCAUCAAGGACCCCGCCCCAGACAGCGGGCUGCUAGGCCUCUUCCAAGGCUAGAACUCCCUCUUCCAUUGAACUCCUGACCCUGCCUUCAGGGAAAACCACCCUCACAGUUGCCCGACCUCUGGAAGCGCUUUCCCCCCAUCCUUGGAUCCCAAGAGUGGUGCGGUCCACCGGGAGUACCACCCCCUCAGGAGAGGAGGCGGGGUGCUUCCUUCCCAUUGGGCAAUUGUUCCCAGAAAUGCAAAUGAGACUCCUGGAAGUUGGUGGGAGUUGGCUUAGCUGAGGUGGAGGUGGAGCUCAGCUCCGGGCCACUUCACUGGGCGGGAAGGGGAGGGGGAAGGAGUGUCACUGACUGUGGGACGACUCAGAAUAAA